AUGACAAUAAGGCCUCCUGCUGGAUCAGCGGAUUUCCGCUUAAUACCACACUCCGGUAACCCGUUGCCAGGGCCAGCAGGAAGAGCCUCAGUUUCCUGUAAGGACUUGUAUUCGCGGAGCCGGGCGCGAAGCGUGCGGAGACCACCGCUGUCAAGCACUAGCUGCGGGUGGUAUGAAUACGGCUUAUAUGAUGUAGCUUUGGCCUUGACAGAGGUUCCGUUGAGCCCUUACGAGCUUGAGUACAGGGAGCGCACUAUACUGACACCAGAAGAGCCUGCGCCGGUGGAGCUGCACAGCAACAGGCAGCCAGCAUUGGUCUUUAAACUCAAGCAGAAUCCUAGACCAUGCGCACCUCCCCAUCCUUCCACUGUACGUGUAAGAUACGAGCCCGAAGCUGCUCCCCUUUAUGGCCAUGAAGAAGCAGACCAGCAACGGACAGAGAAGAAAGACAAGCAAGCGGCCACGCAGGAGAAGAGAGAAAACGAUGCUUUGAACAGUGGCGCACAGAGGGCGGAUGAAAAAGCAGAACGGGGAGACAAACACGAAAAGUCAGAAAAAGAAAACAAACAUGAGAAGACAGACCAUGGGGACAAGACAGAGAAAGCUGAAAAACAUAAGGACAAAAAGGACAAAGAGAAGAAAAAAUCACAUCAUGAUGCAGCCCACAGUGCACAGACAAAAGAAGACAGCUAG